CCAACGUCGGAUUUUCCUUGAAAUCCAAUCUCUCACUCCCGCCCUUUCCUUGUUUCUUUCUCUUUUUAUUCAUUUCAUUCAUUCUUCGCUAUUUGAGGUUAAUUUUCCUCUUCCCCACUUCUCUAUCUUUUCCCUUUUUAGGUUUUUUGUUUAGGAAUUAGAGAUUUGAUUAUUUGCUAUGAUUUUCGGGGAUUUGUUUCUUUCUAUGGCGGCGACACCGGCUCCGGCGAGUUCUGGCGGCGGAAGUCACGACAGCGAGGGCGAGCAGAGCCCCAGAUCCUACAACGUGCAAGAACAGGAGAGGUUUCUUCCUAUCGCUAACAUUAGCCGUAUCAUGAAGAAAGCUCUUCCUGCUAACGCCAAGAUAGCUAAAGAUGCUAAGGAGACCGUUCAGGAGUGCGUCUCGGAAUUCAUCAGCUUCAUCACUAGCGAAGCCAGCGACAAGUGCCAUAAGGAAAAGAGGAAGACAAUUAACGGGGAUGAUCUGCUCUGGGCUAUGGCAACAGUAGGGUUUGAAGAUUACAUUGAUCCACUUAAGAUUUACCUUGCCAAAUAUAGAGAGAUGGAGGGUGAUACGAAGGGUUCAACUAAAGGUGGAGAUACAUUUUCCAAGAAAGAUGUCCAAUUAGGCUCAAAUUCUCAGCUCGCACAUCAAGGUUCAUUCUCACAAGGUGUUUAUUAUGGGAAUUCACAACCUGAAGCCCAUAUGAUGGCUUCUGAUGCAAGGCAAUGAGUGAGAUUAAUCCUACAUCAGUCAAUUUCAUCAUCUAAAUCUCCUUGAGUUCAUGUUUCAAUGCCCAUAUGAAUUGUUCACAUAAUCUGAUGUUAUUUUUCCAGUAAUGUAUGUAUACCAGUUAUUGAGAAUCGAUUCAGUCAUCAAAGAGUUGGUGUAAAUGGUCGGAUAGUAUUAUUGUAGAUUUGAGUUAUUGGGUAUGUAAGUUUACUUUCAUCCUAUUUUUAUAACUGAACAAGAGGU